AUCCCCAGGGAGACGGGAACGCGUUCCGGAGGUUUUGUUAUUUUGAAAACCUGAAGAGCGACCAGCAACCAAACAAGAUUCUAAUUCCAGGACACUGCUACAUGCAGUUGAAUCAGUGGUGGUCUCAGCAGAUUCAUGACACUGUGAGAAGGGAUCCUGCUGAUCUUCUUCUGCAUGGUCUUCAUAGGGGCCUCCAAACUGAGCUGAACUUCUGGAAAGCAAGAAAAGACAAAAUUUUAUUUAAAAAUAAACAGGUAGAAAUUCCACAUUUCCAUGACCUAGGCAUCUGUGGUGAUUCCUGCUUCUCCUUGGUGUGGUUGGCAUCAUUGAGAGGAACUACAAACAUUCUAGAAAGGUGUUGAGCAGCCUUGGCUACCAGAAGUGGAAUGGAAACCAUCACAGCCACUUGAUGAGCAUUCGUGCAAUUUCUCAAACAAUUCUUAACUGUAACAUGCCACUAAAACCUGCA